AAGUAUAUAUAAGGCCCCAACUCUGACUCGCAAAACAGCAUUAGGGUUUCUGGCUUUCUGCAGUUGAUUCUCCACCUUCACCCAGCUCGUCUACCGCAGCAGCACAAGAACAAAUAACCCGCCGUCGCCAUGGGGAAGACACGUGGAAUGGGAGCUGCCCGCAAGUUGAAGUCCCACCGCAGGAGGCAAAGGUGGGCAGAUAAGUCCUACAAGAAAUCCCAUCUCGGCAAUGAAUGGAAGAAACCCUUUGCUGGUUCAUCCCAUGCCAAGGGAAUUGUCCUUGAGAAGAUUGGUAUUGAAGCUAAGCAGCCCAACUCUGCCAUUCGUAAGUGUGCCAGAGUGCAGCUCAUCAAGAAUGGCAAGAAGAUUGCUGCAUUCGUCCCAAAUGAUGGUUGCUUGAACUACAUAGAAGAGAAUGAUGAAGUCUUGAUUGCCGGAUUCGGACGAAAGGGUCAUGCUGUGGGAGAUAUUCCUGGAGUCAGGUUUAAGGUGGUGAAGGUCUCUGGUGUUUCUCUUUUGGCUCUCUUCAAGGAGAAGAAGGAGAAGCCAAGGUCUUAAAUUUGCGCAAUGCAUGUUUCUUCUCUUUUAUAGUUUCUCUAAAAUGUUAUGAAUUUUGUUACGAGUUGAAUGUGUUUUAUGGACAAUUUUGUAUGCUAGUUAUGAAAAUGUCACAUUUGGUUCGACCA